UGCAAUCCUAUGUACUGACCUUGCCGACUAAUCGGCUAGCUUAACCGGCCGCUGGAAUGAGAUGGACCGUCCGACCAUGGCAGGCUGGCAGCCAAACAAGCUCCAAUGCCAGCCCCACCCCCGACCUCCCCGCAGUCUCGGUCCUGGGGAAAGCUAGAUGGUUCAAGGGUUUUAAGUUAUCACUGGGUCGCCUCAUAUAAAAUCUCCCAGCUGGCUUCGUUUUCACCGGGCUCAGUACCUGCUCCACGUUCACACAUUGGAUAUCCCUGACUGCCACCCAUCAAAAUGUCCACGGACAUCCAGAAUACCCCCGACUCUGAGUCGGUUCGGGGCGAAAAGCACCAUGUUCUUCAUUCUGAGAAAGUGACCACCUCGGAUCUCAUGGGCGACGCCUUCGACGGUGAAAAUCGCGAGCAUGAGAUGGGCGUAUGGGAGGCGGCCAAAAGCCACCCUUGGGCUUGCUUAUGGGCAUUCGUUAUGUGCUUUACCAUUGUCAUGGAGUCGUUUGAUAUGUUCCUGAAUGGCAACUUUGUCGCGCUUGGCGCAUUUCAACGGAAAUACGGUGUCUUGCUCGAUGCGGCAACCGAUACUUACGCCAUUCCCACUCGAUGGCAAAGUGCUCUCUUCCAGGCAGGUCAAUGCGGAGCCUUUGUCGGUGUUUUGGCCGCUGGACCCAUCACGGACCGUCUCGGCUAUCGCUGGACUACAUUGCUGGCAUUGGUCCUCAUGAAUGCGACAAUCUUCAUCUCCUUCUUUGCCGAUUCACUGGCUGUUCUGACAGUCGGACAAGCAUUAGAAGGCGUCCCAUGGGGGUUCUUCAUUGCCAACAGUCCAGCUUACGCCAGUGAGAUUGUGCCUCUUGCUCUUCGAGGUGCUUGCACAGCGACUCUGCAAAUGAGUUGGUCAAUUGGUGGAAUUAUUGUUGCUGCUGCCACCUAUGGUUAUAACCAGCGGAACGAUGAGUGGGCUUGGCGAGUGCCUCUUGCUUUGCAAUGGAUCUUCCCAACCCCACUUAUGAUCCUAGUCUUCCUCGCUCCAGAAUCUCCCUGGUGGCUGAUUCGUCAUGGACGCAAGGAUGAGGCCCUUCGUUCUAUCAAACGUCUCGGUACUGGUGACCCAGAGAAGGCCCAACAGACGUUUGCCAUGGUUCAGCGAACCGUUGAAAUUGAAGCUCAGAUGGGCGGCAAUGCGAAAUUCUUCGACAUGUUCAAGGGUACUGAUUUACGGCGAACAAUUAUUAUCUGCUUAAUGUACGCGUCGCAGAAUUUGGCUGGAAACCUCAUUGCCAACCAGGCAACAUUUUUCUUCGAGCAGGCUGGAAUUUCGUCCAAUCGCUCUUUCGAGCUCAGCCUGAUUAACUCCUGUUUGGGAUUCGUUGCCAACGUCUGUUCGUGGCCUAUUACGGCCUGGUUUGGCCGUCGAACUAUCUACCUUUGGGGCACAGCUGCCAACAUCCUUCUGCUGAUUAUUCUCGGCAUCUGUGCUUCAAUUCCGCAGAAUUCUUCGACUAACUACGCUCAAGCCUGCCUGGGUAUCAUCAUAUCUUUUGUGUUUGCCGGUACCCUCGGUCCUAUCUCGUACACCGUGAUUUCCGAGACCUCAUCGGUCCGUCUUCGAGCUUUGAGUACCGGUCUUGGACGUGCCGCUUACUAUGUCGUGGAAAUCCCUAUGAUUUACCUGGCCUCGCAGAUGCUUAACACUACUGGUUGGGAUCUUGCUGGCAAGUGCGGUUACGUCUGGGCCGGUACUGCUUGCGUCUGUUGGGUCGGGGCCUACCUCGGUCUCCCUGAGCUGAAGCAUCGCACUUAUCGUGAAAGUGACAUUUUGUUCAACCGCAAUAUUUCUGCCAGGAAGUUCAAGUCGACGGUCAUCAGUGUUACGGAGAAUGAGUAGAGAGGAAGAAUUAUAUGGUGGAACGCUACAAUAUUGUAGUAGGAAAGCGGGGAAGAGGAGGAGCCUGUAGACUAUUCUAAUUAUUGCAGAGACAUACUAUGACG